UUUUUUCUUUACGACACAUCUCCGCACCUGACUGCUGGUGUGUUUCAGGGAAAGCUGCUGAGGGGGGGGCGGCAGGAGGAUUGCAGUGUUGUUUCCCAGCACACUGAGGAAAACUACAGCGUUACAUAAGACUGUGUGACAUGAAUGCAUGUGACGGCUUGAAGAGGGAAGUCCAUAUAUGGUAACACAGGUGUGACUGAGGGUUCGUCUGCAGAGGUUAUAUCUCGACCGCGGUGCAGAGACACAGCACAGACGCGCAGAGCAAACAGCAGACGGGGGGGCGAUGCCGCAGAGCAGAAGACUGACGGAUCACGGCGGGGACCGCAACAGGGCGGUCCUGGUCUCCGUGGCACAGUUUGACCACGGUGUGAAUCUGGCGAGGAGGCCCGGAGCCAAGACGGACACCAAGAAACUCCACCGCACCCUCAGCAAGCUGGGCUUCAAGGUGGACGUCCACACCGACCUCAGCGGCGACGAAAUCUAUGAGCUGUUCCUGAAAGAGAGCCGGCGGCCGGUGAGGGAGUGUUUCCUGGCCGUCCUGUCGUCUCACGGGGAGGACGGCUGCGUUUUCGGGGCUGAUGGGAAACCCGUCCGACUGUCGCGCAUCUUCACGUGUUUCGACAACGAAUACAUGGAGAAGAAGGCCAAACUGUUCCUGAUACAGGCCUGUCGGGGAAGCGGUCUGGAUGACGGCGUGGAGGUGGAUUCAGCUGGCGAGACCAGAGAGUGCAGCUUCUCACAGCAUCUGUCUGUUCCCGUGGAUACAGCCGUGAUGUACGCCACCCCGCCAGGUUACGGGGCCUUCAUGCACCCGCUCGGGUCGGUCUUCCUCCAGACGUUCUGCACGUUAUUGAACGAAGAAGGGAAUCGUGACCUGGAGCUGACCCGCCUGAUGACCCGCCUGUCCCACAGGGUGGCCUACACCUUCCAGGCCAAAGGUCGCCAGCUGGCCGGGAAGAAGGAGAUGCCGUGCCUCCUGACGCGAAUGACCAGGGAGGUGUUCCCGUUCGGCGAGCCGGGGAAAGACGGCGGGGCCGCGGGGCUCUCGGCCACGUCGCUGCUCCACACGGACGCCAUCAGAAAGAGGACUCCUUCAAUCAGCUAGAGGUCACGAACGCACUCGUCAUCAUCAGGAAUGCAGACGGGUGGGAGGCGUUCGGCUUCCAGACGCCGCCAAAGAGCUGGGGAACCUGUUUGUCUCUGUCGCCUCACUUCCUGAAGAAAAUCCAAAGAUAUCUGCACUUUAAUAAAGAAUAAUUUAAUCCACAGAAUGUUUCAGCUGUAACUGAAACGCUCACUGAAAAAACACCUGUCAGAGCGUCCGUUACACACCUGCAGCAGGAUCUGGAUCAUAGAAGCGAGCGAUCCUCAGUCAGCAGACGUUCAUCAGCUCUCUGACGCAGGUGAGGUCGAGACCGACACUCUCGGCCGCUACGUGCCGCAACAAUCAUAAAUUCAACGAAUGAAUGAUGAAGUUAUUGAGCCUCAGCAAAAGCGAAAGUGGACCAGCGACACCUGUUACCUGAAACACAGGUGGUAUGCCGGCCAAGAAAGGCGCAUGACUUCACGUGACACGAACACUUAAGUGCUGCUUUACCUGCUAACCUGCUGACUGAUGAGUUCAAGAGGCUGAAAAGACUGGAAGUCUUGAAUGAAAAUGAAAGUGUGUUCUCAUAAGCCUGUUUGGUAUCACACAGAAUUAGAAAUGUCGUAGUUUAAUUUAAAAUACCCUGAUAACAGAGAGCGAACGCAGAGAAAGGACUGAAGACACUGAUCCAAUGACACAACGGUCAAGUGCUGUUUUAAUUAAUAUAUGUAAAAAAGGAUUCACAAAUGAUCAUCUUCUGUUUUCUUUUGUUUAUUUAUAAGAUAAGAUACAAUUUAAUGCAGUGGCGUGCACAGACUUUUUGAAGGGCAGGGGCGAAAAGGACUUUUUUUGAGCACGCGUUUUGGCGUCCAA